GCGGGCGAGUGUCGCGCAUGUGCAGUGCAUGCCGGUAGCUGUAGGCCUCGCUUUCCGUACUUGCUGUGUAAUUGGCAUCCUUGCUUGUGGUGCGAUCGUUGUUUAUCUUGCUCCUGUUUGCAGUCAUGUUCCUAACCCGCUCCGAGUAUGACAGGGGUGUCAACACAUUCUCUCCAGAGGGCAGACUUUUCCAAGUAGAAUAUGCAAUUGAAGCCAUAAAGCUUGGCUCGACAGCCAUUGGGAUCCAGACAUCAGAAGGAGUAUGCCUUGCAGUCGAGAAAAGGAUUACAUCUCCACUGAUGGAACCCAGCAGCAUUGAGAAGAUUGUAGAAGUAGAUGCUCACAUUGGCUGUGCAAUGAGUGGAUUAAUUGCUGAUGCAAAGACCUUAAUCGACAAAGCAAGAGUUGAAACACAGAAUCACUGGUUUACUUACAAUGAAACGAUGACUGUGGAGAGUGUUACUCAAGCUGUGUCUAAUCUUGCGCUGCAGUUUGGAGAAGAGGAUGCAGAUCCCGGAGCAAUGAGCCGUCCAUUUGGUGUGGCACUGCUGUUUGGCGGAGCAGAUGAAAAAGGACCACAACUAUACCACAUGGAUCCAUCUGGAACAUUUGUACAGUGUGAUGCGAGAGCUAUUGGCUCUGCUUCUGAAGGAGCUCAGAGCUCUUUACAGGAGGUUUAUCACAAGUCCAUGACACUGAAAGAAGCCAUUAAAUCGGCCCUCACUAUAUUGAAGCAAGUAAUGGAGGAGAAGCUGAAUGCCAUCAAUAUUGAGCUAGCUACAAUUGAGCCUGGGAAGAAGUUUCACAUGUACUGCAAAGAGGAGCUGGAGGAGGUGAUAAAGGAUAUUUGAGCAUCUCCAUACUUACCGUAGCAGAUUGCAACUGGUCCCUGCUGUUCCACAUUCAUUUUUUUUUUUAUAUAUAAAUAAUUGUCUGUAUAUAAAUGCAGCUGAGAAUCAUCAGAAGUAAACUUUCUUAUUCCUUCAA